AUGGCUACGUGUCCUGAGGAGCCUGAGGGGCGCGGCAAUCUGCUGCGCGGUGUGUACGAGCGCGUGAUGGUGAAGCUUAAUGCAAAUAGCUACAUUCGACCGUUGACUGUGGCGCAAAGAUGGCAGAUCAGGAGGGACGUCUGGGCAUCGAGCUGGUUUGGCGCGCUGCAGUUCGAAGGCGUCGUCUUGCUUCUGUGGCGAUGUGUGUUUGAGGAAGUGCUGGCCUUGACCAACACGAAUCUUACAGAGCAGAGGAAUGCUGGACUGGUUUUGAGAAGGAUGUGGCAGCACGUGGUAGAGUGCAGAGACAUUCAAGACAUCAUGGGGGAGAACUUCGUCCCUGAUGUUAUUUUCAAGAGGAAGACGAACUCCACUGAGGGUAGAAAGCAAUAUUUGCCCAACAACAGCAAGUCCCGCCACCAAUGGAGAGGCGACUUAUUGCUCACAUUCGACUCCAUAUCCGUGGUUGAGGGAGGAGACCGACAUCACGAGUUCUCCUUCUGGGGCACACCACAUCUGUACGACUUACCAGAUGGUCUGUUCGCGACACCAGUAAGCAGAGAUCAGCUCCGCGUGAUCAGCUUCUUGACGACUUUACACUGGCACUCCAAGUCGAAAGCCAUUUUGCCGCCGGGACGGAACGAAGCCUUCGGCCAGGCUGUGAGUUGGGCGAUCAGGGAGCGCGAACUGAGUUGCAUCAAAGUCCUCCUGGCACUGUGGGUGAACAUUCGCCGUGCUGGCAAUGACAAGAUGUGCGAUGUGGUCCGGCAUGUGCGAGAAGGUCUGGCGACAGGUGAUUGGGAAGUGGUCGAGCAUCUCUGCUGUGGUUUCCAGCUGCCAUUCUCGACUGGCGAUCUCCUCCACAAUCGCCCAACAGGUGCGCUUGCUUCGGCGUUUGUCAAGUAA